GUAAAGGCUAUUUUGAAAAUUAACCCCCCCGCCUCCACACACACACAUGCACACACAGCUGCUCGGAACCAUGACAGAAGAUGACGGAUACAGUUGUCGCAGAGGGACAAGUCAAGUUUAGAGAUGGAAAAAAGUGGAAGACUCGGUGGGUUGCUCUUCAGAAGCCCUCUCCUGUUGCAGAUUGCUUGACGUUACUUGUGUAUAAAGAGAAGAAGAAAGGAAAAAGCAGCGGCCACAAGGAAAGGCUCAAUGUGACACUGGAGGGUAUUUGUGGUGUGGAGCCAGGGCCUGGGUAUGAUGGCGUAUCAUACACUCUUUCCAUUCUCUGCUUGGCACACUCAUUAGUCCUGGGCUUCAACAGCCGGGAUGCUCUGCUGGCCUGGGAUGCCCGCAUCCGCUACAGUCUGGGGGAAGUUCACAGAUUCAGUGUCGACGUGGAACCAGGCACGAAACUGGAAGGUGGCCCCGCCUCCCUCCACCUGUGUAACAACCUGCUGGCCCUCAGCAGGGGCCUCCUUCCGGUUGUCUUUGGCCACUGGAAGUUGUCGGCCUUGCGUCGUUAUGGUGCCGUCCCAAACGGAUUUGUGUUCGAGGGAGGGAGUCGCUGUGGAUUCUGGGCCGGUGUUUUUUUCUUGUCCUGUUCAGAAGGAGAUCACAUCAGUUUUAUGGUUGACUGCAUCGUCCGGGGCGUCACCCCCAGCAGGGCCCUGCAUGGUCUGCCACCUAACCGCCCAGAUCCAAACGCUGACCCAGCCUCAUCAGAAGAGCGGAUCAGCCAGGAAACCUCUGAGCUGGAGAAAAGACUCAGCAUGUUGUCUCAGUGCAGCCUGGCAAGCAGCACAGCCUCCUCUUACAGCUGCAGCACAUCUGUUGCCGGGGACGACCACAGCAUCUCCAGUUCCUCCUCAGAUACGAGCUAUGGAAACAGACUUCCAUUUUGGGUGGAACCAUCAGCUAGACAGCACCUCUCCAAUGAGACUGCAUCAAGCUCCUCCACUCUGAAGACUUUGACUUGUUCAGACGACCGGCUCUAUGCCGCUGUCAUGAGUUGCCCAUCCUCUGUCCAACUCCAUCCUCGUGGUCUCCAUGACAGUGGACGGCAGAGCUCAUUAGACAGUGGGAUUGGGAUAGCAACGGGAAGUCAGUCAUCUUACUCUGGAAGUUAUUCUUCGUGUACAGAUAGUCUGGACAUGGCCUGCCAAGGAGGUGGAGAGGAAUUUGGCUCAGUGGUCAGUCCUGCUCCUCCAGCUCCUCCCCCAACGCCUCCUCCAUCACCUUUUCAGCCUGCACUAACCUCAGAACACAGUUCUACAAACAUCUCCUCCUCCUGCUCAUCCAGAUGUGCCUCUCGAGCAUCUCGGAGGCACAGUGAGGAGUACCAGAUCCCGAGCUUGAUCAGACUGUGGUAUGAUACCCCCAGGAGUCUGCUCCGGGCCCUGUCACCGAGGGAACCAAUAAUACAGGGAGCCCCACAUGAAGUGAGCGAGAACAGAGUGAGCAGUGGAAGUAGAGGUGAUAGACAGAAGCAAACGUUAAGAAAAAGCCCCAAAGAGCUGAGGGCUCAGUGUCAGGCAACCAUGCAGCGCUCACACUCCUGGGGCAGCGAGAGGGCGCCCUCUGUGGACAGUGAGGGGAGGUCCACACCCAGACCCCAGCCAGUCCCCAGAAGCUUGGAUAUUGAGGAAACACAGGGUCACCAUGUAUUGUACAGCCGUAUUAUACCAGAGCAAUGGUGGUCAGCGAGGAGCAGAUGCUCAACUCAUGCUGACAGAUCUGCAUUAACAGGCUCACCACUGUCCUUUACUGCAGCUGCACAAGAGAAACGCAGUGACGUUGUGGAUAUUGGCAGUAUGCUGAAAGGGCUGAGGAGGAUGCUACCGUCUUCUCCACCUUCAGCCCCUCCUCCUCCUCCUCCUAUCACAGUUAAUAUUCACAGGCCAACAUCAGCAUGUGCUUUGUUCCAGUCUCCCCAUGGAGCUCAUGGUGAGGGAUUUCACAGGGACAGCACUGUUAAUUAUGUAAACAUCCACAUUAACCCCCUACCGGCUGCAGGUACGGAGCUCCUCUACACGGAGCUGGACCUGCAGGAGCAUGGAUCAGUUUCUAUGUCCAGUCCCUGCAGCAUGAGAGGUGACAAUCUGCAUAUCUACAGACCCAAAAACAAAACACAAAAAAAAAAAGUUUUGUUCAAGCCUCCCCUUUCUCCCCAACUAGAAGAGGGCCCCAUCAGGUACGCCCACCUGAACACCACUGCCAUGGAAACGGCUCAGAGAGUGGGGGCGAAGCAUGCUCAGGGCAGGGAGGACAGGCUGGCUCAACUUGAGAACAGAUGGCCACCAAACUGACUCUGCAGCCCACAACGCGAUGAGACUUCAGAAGAGUUUUCACUUCAGAAUCUUUGUCCCUCCAAAUAAGCUAAAAUGCAGGGAUGCAGGCGGUGUCGUACUUCAUUACACCCACAGCUGGAUGAGUGUGCAGAAAUUUCCAUAAGCAAUCCAUUCCACUAA